UUAAAAACUUAAUAUAAUAUGAUAGUUAGUGCCUUGAAAAUUGAAGUUUUUUCAGCUACUUCUGCCUUUGUAGUGAUAUCCUCCCUCCUUUUCUUUCUCCUUUUCUAUCUUUUUGUGGGAAGGUGGGAGAAGGUUUAGUAUGCAUUUAAAAUUGUGGCCAUUAUCUUUAUUUCUUGCUCUGAAAUUUCUAGGAUAAGUAUAAAUGAUUGGAUCAAAUUGCACAAAAUACAACCAAAAUGCACAUGAAGGGGGAACAGUAUCAGGUAAGAGAUGGCAUCAGGAUCAAUUUUCAUUCCUACAGUUUUAUCCCAAAAGGAUAAGAUGGUAAAAUCAUAUUAAGAGCAUUGUUUUACUCCAAACCUUUACGAUUCAGCACCAAGAAGAAAAAGACCUACCUAUAACCUCUCUUUAGUGCUAUGAUUGGCUCAAUCUCAGCUAUGAGAUUCAGGGAGCAAGUGGACCAAAAAUACUAGCUCCUGAAUAGGGAUGUGAAAAAGGGCUUUGCUUGCCUUGUCCAUCUUCCCUUUGCUUACAUCACUAGAUUGAAUUGUCUACAAGAGAUUUAUUCUUUCUUUUUUCAUUUCAUAUCAACUUCUCGACAUACUUUAAUGUACCGCGCUUCUUUUCCUAAUCAUUCUACCAUAAUAAUAAUUAUACUUCACACAAUAUGUUGCUUUCUCUGAUGUAAGCAAGACAUGCUAUCAAAAUUAUUAUCGCAAACACAAUCAAUUCUCAUGUAUUGAAUCAUGCUUAUAUCACAAACACAUACAUAUAUGGAGUACCCAUAACGAGAAGGAAGAUACACGGAUAUAGUAGAGUACCUGGACGUUCUCGUGACAUGAAAAAAAAAGCAGCUGUGCCAUAAUAGGAUAUAGACAUGGUCUGCAUGGUAUUCCAGAGAUUCAAGCUCUGAGAAACUUUCUCAAAAUCACUCCAUGUUCCUGAAAGUGGGCCAUUGGAACCCUUUACGUGCUAUAAAGCACCUUCACCACCAAGCUUCCCACUCUCCUUAAACAUAGGCUUCUUCCCUUCCAAUACCCAAGCAAGCUUUCAACAAUCCCUGAAAAAUGCAGCCUGGUGAAGUCACAGGUCUCCAAUAUCUCAUCCCCUCCAAUUUAUCCGCAUAUGCCAAUAAUUUUCCCAUGGCUCAGAACAACCUACCUAUGGUGCAACUUAACCAAUUCUCAAAUCCCUUACAUAAUUUCCAAGGAACUACUCAAAUUCAAGAUUUUAAUCGGCAUCCAUGCUUGAGUAGCUAUUCAACUUCUGAUGAAGCAGAUGAGCAACAACAAAGCCUCAUUAAUGAGAGGAAGCAGAGAAGGAUGAUAUCCAAUAGAGAGUCUGCACGCCGGUCACGUAUGCGCAAGCAGAAGCAUCUGGAUGAGUUAUGGUCUCAAGUAGUUUGGCUUCGGAAUGAGAAUCAUCAGCUUAUCGAUAAGCUGAACCAAGUUUCAGACUGCCAUGACAAGGUUGUUCAAGAAAAUGCUCAACUCAAGGAGCAGACUUCCAAACUCCGUCAAAUGCUCACAGAACUACAGGUCAAUAGUCCUUACCCCAACUUCAGAGAAAUUGAAGACAUUACCCCCAACACGCCAUCUGAGAGCUGAGACUGCACCGGUCUUAUAAUAGGUUGUAUAGAUAAGCCAGGGUGAGGAGGAAAUUUUUUCCAUUUCCGUUCUCCAUUUAUGGUUCUUCUGUCUCCAGUCUUUUCCUCCAUUAAGCCUGUAGCUUCAUGCACGUGAAGAAGAACUGCUACAACUUCUGUUU